AUGCGGAGAUCCUCCAGCGGCUGGCGGGAUGCCUCUGGUGCGCGAGAGAAUCGCCUGUGUCGAGACUCCGGUUUAGCCCCCCCGUCUCUUGCGGAGCUCCUUCUUCCAACGAAAGCGGAGCGAAAAACCGUUUCUCACGUCGAAGAGGGGCGCGCCGCCAAAGUCUCAACAGGCCAUGGAGAAAAUGAUGAAGCUGGGCACCGAUGCAAACGGCAGGGCAGCGAAGGAUGGGAGGAAGGGAGAAAACAGAAAAAAGAGCUCAAGAAGCCGCGAAAGACGGCGCAUCUCCGCGCAUUCCCUUCUCCACUUCGUCCAGCACGAAGUGAACAGGCGAUGCCGACGGAGGCUGACGGAUACAACCUCUCCGGUUCUGAGCUCUCACGUGUGGGAACCGUUCGCUUGCAUCGCGGGGUCAACGGUACAACUGGGGACGAACAAGCGGUGGGCUGCUGGCGACCUCGUGCAGAAGGCUCCGCUCUUGCACUGAAACGCCCCUUGACGACCGCGAGUCUUUUUUCGUGCUCGCCAUGUUUUGUGGGGGAAGCGAGCGAUGCCGCACGCUGGCCGCCUGCAGGCGCUGGCUUGCGAACCGACCCUCUGGCUGGCGCGCCUCCGCAGGGUGAGCCCCGUCGGAGUGCAUGCAUCGAACGCCCGCGGUCGGCUUCCACAGAGUCCCUCCGGGCGCGUGUGCCGGACGCCGCGAAGUCCAGGAGAAGCUUUGCAGAAGAGCCUCCAGGCGCGAGGGAAGCCGAGCUGUCGCAAGACGCACCGCCGUACCGCGGCGAGCCACAAGCGCAGGGGCAGGCGACGCGCGGAUGGAGCAUCAAGACAGAAGCGCAUGCGCGUGCGCCGCGCGAUGGACUGAGCGCCCUUGGCGAGGAGGUCCGCGGAGUCCUACGGCGCUGCUGUGCGGCCCCUAUAGACUCUUUGAUUCUGGCGACGGGGCGCCCAAAGCCAGAGGCGCGGGAGACAGUCCGCCCGACUGGAACGCAUAGCCAGACGUGGAGGCUUGCGCAGGCGAGCGAAGACGUUGCAAGCGGGAGAGCUCUUACUUCGGUCGGUGAGAGAGUCCACAGUGCGAAAAAGACGCGUCCGCUCUUGAGCGCCGCGGGGCAAGGAAACGCGAUGGACUCACGAAGAACCGCGAAGGAGGAACAGGGGACGAAGCGAGAAAGAAGAGGUCUCCCAGCAUCUGCGACCGCCUUGGCGAGGGCGCGCUGUGCAGCCGAGCUGCCUGCGCGCCACCCGCCUCCGGAGGCUCCGCUCCGCUUUUCCGCAGCCGACAGUCCGGCGCAUGCAGUUGGUCCCUGUCCGUUCAAAGGGCAAUUAAGCUUCCCUUUGCGAGGAGCGCUGCUGCGAGGACAUGACGCCUCUCUCAGCCCUCGCGCGGGCUUGGAGCGGAACAGCCGAGGGCAGAACUCGAGUUGGGUUGCGGCUGAUGCGCGGCGAGAGAAAGAAUGUGAGCCGCAGCCUGGUGACUGGCGUCUUGACGCGGCGUGCGCAGACAAGCGCGAGCAGACGCCCCUUGAAAAGCGGCCAAACUCGACGCGGAACUCUCAUUCUGGCGACAAAGAGAGCGCGUCUGAUGACGCGUGCCGUCCCUCCCCUCGUCUUCAGUCCUCGUCUUUCUGCAUCCGCCCAGCGAUAGGGAAGCCAAGUCAGAGACAGUUGUGCGCAAGGGAGCCGCGGCCCAAGCCGCUAAAAAUCAUCGAUGGCCUAGUGGUGAAGACUUGUUCUUCAACUCUGCGGUUCAAAAAUGUGGGUGGACUGAAGCCCCCCGGCCCGGGCGCAACACAAGUGGAGGUGUCUUCUUCCACGAUUGAGCGUGCGGGCACUCCGGAGACAGACAGUCUUCUUCGACGCGGACAGCCUGAGGUUCAGGAACUCUCCAGGGCCGAGACGGAGAAGGUGAACGCUGGUACGAUGGUAGGGAAGAGACUUCUGUCCUCCGCCAGGGUGGUUUCGAACGCAGAAAAGGAGAGCUGGAGAUUCGAGGACCUGCUUUUACGGCUGACUACCCGUUCACCCCGGCGCGGUCUACGGCAGAUUCAGAAGGAGGUUCUGGAUUAUCGGCGCAGUAAAGCUGGUCAACGAGAACGGCUAGCGUCUGACGAAAACAGGGCACGAGGAGAACAUGGAGACCCACCAGGGGCUCAGGGCGACAAAGUAGUUAGCACUGACAUUCAACAUCUCUUUAGAUUUGGGCGUGCGCAGGACCUUCCGCAGGUCCCCGCGCCGGUAUCCAGCAGGCGAGAAGGUCGCGCGACCUUGGAGAAGGCAGCCAGAAUGCGGGAUACCUCAGGGGAAGCCGAGUGGCGGGCUCAGUCAUGCCCUCCAGCCUCCAUCCUUCCAGUGCAAAGUACCACGAGGCGCGGGAUGGUAGAAGAGCAUGCACAUGUGGUGACGGAGACAGGACACGCUGAUAUGCGUGACGAGUGCGCCGCCUUGGUAGCAGAGAGCCUGACCACCCGCCACACAUCGCCCGGCCGGAGGAGAAUGAACGCCUGCAGCGUUUGUUCGAGUCAUGAGACGGCUGUUCAGAGUGAUGAGGAGGAGUUGCUGAGAGAGAGUCUCCAAGCCUUCCUCAGGCGCCGCAGGCAGGCGCGGGCGACGCGCAGGAAGAAGGUGCGAUGCGCUCUGGAGCAAUUAGGCCUAUCGCGAACUGCAUUCCCCUUUUCCUGCGUUUUCGACUGCAGUGCUCGGCAACGUGAAGCUAAUCGGUUUUCAAUUGACGAAGGGCAGACUGUGCCCAGCCACGAGACAAGGAGCGAAACUGGUAUGGAAUCCGUCCUCGUAGACGCUUUCGGGGACGCUGUAGGUCUUCCUGCCUAUGAAGUCAUUCCUCUGCAGACAGAGCAGCUAUCCACGGACACGCUUGACGAGCGCAUAAUGUCCACGCAUCUGCACGGCGCAAGGUUGCCAUCCGUGUGGACGAAUCAUCAAGACACGGAUAAUGAAGAAGGAAGACUCUGGUGCAGACUGGUGGGUAGUAUGGCCGGGAGUCGACAUGGGAAGAGUCAGGCGGAGGCCUUCAUGCCGCUCCGCGAAGCGCAGGCCAUAGAAGUGCAUGGAGGCGCUAAGAUCCAGAACGACGAAGCGGUCUCCUGCGCCUCCUCUGCCACCGCACAUUCAGCUGUGUGGAAAGCGAGAGGACGCCGUUCUGACUUCGCUGACACUGGAGGCUCUAUGCAGCGUGCGUGCAUAUGCAGGUGUGAUGCCGAGAGCCGCUGGGGGGAAACUUGUUGCCGCAGGCCCAGCAGCGAGCGAGGCCUAGACGUUCCGCGUGAACUCCGGUCUGAGUGCCCCCCGCCGCUCGUGAGGCACCUGUGUUUUUGGGCUGCGUGUCGACUGUUGUUGACACAUGGUGCUAGGACGACAAUUCAUGCUCGGAUAGCUGAGCUCGUGUCAAGGAUCACAGAGGUUCUCUUAGCGACUUCAGUCUUCACCAGACGGUCGCAGAGGCCUGCUGCCUUAGGUGACGACUCUGCGAAUGGCGAUACCGUGGAACAGGGCUCCAGAGAUGGCUUCACUAAGGCAUGCGGAGGGGCAUCCGCAGCUGCUACGGCGGGCUCUGCAAACGAGAUGGCGGAAGCAGCGGCAAGCAUAGCAGGUGAAGGAUUUGUCAAGAGAAGCUGGAAGAUGUCUGCAUCACACGGAACAUGCGAGGCUGGCUGCGGCCUCAUGCAACCGAGAGCUCGAGACAAGGCUUUGUGUUUGGAGCCGACGAGCAAUAGAAGGCUGCCAGGCGGCGUCCUGCUGAAGCCAGCUACUCGCUGGGCGAUCGCUGGCGGAGAGAGAUUGGCUGAGGCGGAAGCAACCGUGCGGAGCCCUCCGGGUGUCGAUUCGGCCGUCAUCCUUCAGUGUGCGGACUGGUUUCAGACGCAUGUCGGGCGGGUGGCGAGCAGGCAAGGGAUCGGGAGCAGCGGUUGCGCGGGAGAGCGGCGCCUUGGAGAGGCGGUUGCAAGAACGCAAACGGCAGCCCUAGAUCGGUUCCAGUCGAGAGCAGCGUGGUACCAGCCCAUGCAGCACUCUCAAAGAAGGUCGCUUCCAUCGACCAGAAUCUAUGAAGAUUCUGACGAUGAGCAUACACUGCUCUUUCCCACAGUAACCGAUUUAGGCCUCAGAAAGGGGCCAUCAGUAAAAGCCAAAUGGCAGCUUCAGCAGCGGUGUCAGACACUCCGACUGGUGUUGCGGUCGCUGCUAGAAUGCAGCUCAUCAGCGUUCCCCAUGUCGAGGCGCACACGAUAUGGAUUAGCAUACGGUCAUUCAUGCGGUGAUGAGUCAAAUACGAAUAGCGAACUGCGAACCGGUGCUGCCGUAUGCUUGUAUGCCUUGCUUCGUCAGAUGUUUGCAGAUGUGCCCGAAGAUGCAGGCAGCCUUCUACGUCGAACGUAG